AUGCUUAUGGCCCGAGACACAGCGCGGGAUGAGGCUCAAAAGCUACACAGGAAGUGGCUAAAGCACCAGGCCUUUAUGGCCGAACUGGCCCGCAAUAAAGAAUGGCUGGCCAAGAUAGAACAGGAGGGUCAGGAGCUGAUCCAGGAGAAGCCGGAGCUGCGUUCAGUUGUUCAGCAGAAGCUGGAGGAGAUCAGAGAGUGCUGGUCCGACCUGGAGAGCACCACCAAGGCCAAGGCCCGCCAGCUCUUUGAAAACAACAAGCCUGAGCCGGCAAUGAAGAGCUACUCAGACCUCGACAACCAGCUCUCCCACCUGGAGCAGCAGCCUCCCCAGCUGGAACAGGCACACCAUCUGCCCACCUUCAAUGAGCAGCUCCAGAAAUUCCAGGCUAUGGAGUCUCAGAUAGGGGACUUUUACAAGGAUGUGGGAGAGCUGGGAAGCUUGCAGGGGGUCUGCCUACCCCAGCGAGGGCUGAUGGCAGGUGACAGGGAGGGUGCAGAGCAGUCAGGCGUGGUAGAGACCCGCAUCGUCCGCCUCAUUGAGCCCCUGAAGGAAAGACGCCGCAUCCUGCUGGCCUCAAAAGAGAUGCACCAAGUCGCUCAGGACCUGGAGGACGAGAUGCUGUGGAUUCAGGAGAGGCUUCCCUUGGCCUCCUGUAAGGAUUAUGGGAAUAACCUCCAAAGUGUACAGCAACAUGUAAAAAAGAACCAGACCCUCCAGAGGGAGCUGACAGGGCGGCGGGCUCGUGUUGAGGAGGUUCUGGACCGGGCGGGGAUAAUCGCUUCACUGAGGACUCCUGAGGUGGAGUUUGUGCGUGAAGGGGCAGGGCAUGUGCGCCAGCUCUGGGAGGUUUUACAGCUGGAGACGGAAAGGAGGUCUGUGAUGCUGGACGCCACAUUGCAGUCUCAACAGUACUACAGUGAGGCGGCCAAAGUGGAGUCCUGGCUGUCAGGUCAGAAGCUCAAUCUGGUCAAUGAAGAAAAAGGCACGGAUGAGGCGAGCACCCUGCAGCUGCUGAAGGCCCACCUGGCUCUAGAGCAAACAGUGGAAACAUAUGCAGAGACAGUAGGCAUGCUAUCCCAGCAAUGCCAGCAUCUACUGGAACUUGGACACCCAGAAAGUGAGCAAAUCACCAAGCAGCAGUCUCACAUAGACCGGCUGUAUGUGUCUCUGAAGGACAUGGUGGAGCACAGGAAGACCAAGCUGGAACAGCAGUACUGGCUCUAUCAGCUCAACAAGGAGGUGGAGGAGUUAGAGAAGUGGAUCACUGAGAGGGAGGCGGUGGCCAGUUCCACUGACCUGGGUCAGGACCUUGAGGAUGUCACGGUGCUUCAGGAGAGAUUCACCAAGUUUGCCUCAGAAACCAACAGCAUUGGCCAGCAGCGCAUGGAGCAGGUGAACAAAAUGGUGAACGAGAUGAUUGACUGUGGCCACUCGGACGCAGCCACCAUCGCUGAGUGGAAGGACGGACUGAACGAGUCGUGGGCCGACCUCCUAGAGCUGAUGGAGACCCGCCGACAGAUGCUGGCAGCAUCGCACCAGUUGCACAAGUUCUUCACUGACUGCAAAGAGGUCUUGGCUCAGAUUGCAGGGAAGAUGAAGCAGCUGCCAGAGGUGAGGGCAUGCCAAGCCAACAUCACCAAUCCAGCCACCCUGCAGAGACUCAUGCACUCCUUUGAGCAUGCCCUUCAACUCCUAGUAGCACAGGUGAGGCAGCUGCAGGAGAACGCUGCCCAGUUGAGGACCAUCUAUGCUGGUGAGAAGGCUGAGGCCAUUAUGGUCAAAGAGCAGGAAGUGAUGGAGGCGUGGAAGGAGCUGCUGAGCUCUUGUGAGGCCAGUCGCGUCCAGGUCACUUCAGUAACCGACAAGGUUCAGUUCUUCUCAGUUGUGCGUGAAAACCUGAUGUGGAUGGAAGGCAUCAUGGGCCAGAUUGGAUGGGAUGAGCCCCGAGAUUUGACGGCUCUGGAGGUGAUGAUGAAACAACAUCAGGAGCUGAAAGCCAAAAUAGACGGCCGCAGCAAGGCUAUACAGCAGUGUGCAGAUCUUGGCAAGAUCCUGAUAGCUGCAGGCAACCCUGCAUCUGAGGAGAUUAAAGAGAAGUUGGACAGUCUUCUGGCUAAGCAGAAGGAUCUUGUUGAAAAAUGGGACAAAUACCAGGAAAAGUUACAGCGCAAGCAGGAAAAGUUCCAGUUUGCCCAAGAGACAGUAAAGGCGGAAGCCUGGCUGAAGGCCAAGGAGCCGCUGAUCACGUCCAAGGAGCCAGAGGGAGGAGAGGCCCGGGCCCAAACAGACGAGGUUGAGCAGCUCAUCCUUCGCCACGAGGCCUUCCGCAAGGCUGCGGUAACCUGGAAAGAACGCUUCAGCUCUCUCCGCCAGCUUUCCGCAGCUGAGAAGAAAAAAGAGGAGGAGAAAAAGACAACCCCGCUCUCCAGCCGAAGGAUGUUCCCAUUAUCUUGUCUGACUCCCUGUGUUCCCUCAACCAGUGCUACCUCAUCUUUCUUGAGGCAUACGGUACAGGCACACAUAGAACCCAAACCCUUACAGACCAGUCUGGAUUUGGGUGCCACCCCUGCAACCCAGAGAUUGUCCUCAACCCUCUCCAGCUACAACCCAGUUUUAAAUGGAUCAGGCUACCAUGGACUGGAGCAGCAGUGCAGCGGGAAGUUGGUGAGCUCCUCAUACCUUGGGAUGAACCACCAGGUGGCCGGGGCUGGAAGUGACUCUGGUUUCUCUGCGCUGACCUCCCACAGUGUUGGAGCAGACACUUCUACUUACCUUGGGAUAAGCCAUCAAACUGCUGGCAGUGCAGAGAGCUCUGGUUACUUUGGACUGACUACUGGAUGUGUGGGCGGUAUGCAGAACAAUCUAGGCAGUGGCAGGUUAGGAAGUUCGGGUAACAUAGCUCAGCAACCAAGCAGUGGAGGUAUGGGAAGUCCUGGCUUUCUGUCUCAACAGAAUAUGGGCAGUUCUGGAUACUUGGGACAGCAGCUUAAUUUGGGGAGUUCAGGAUAUUUGGCACAACAGCCUAACUUGGGGAGUUCUGGUUAUUUGGCACAACAGCCUAACUUGGGAAGUUCUGGGUAUUUGGCACAGCAGCCUAAUAUGGGGAGUUCUGGGUAUUUGGCACAGCAGCCUAAUAUUGUGAGUUCUGGAUAUCUAGCGCAGAAUUAUCAGAGCAGUGGCGGAUUGGGUAGCUCAGGCUUUCUGGCACAAAAUCAUUACAGCAGUGGAAGUCUGGGUAGUUCUGGUUACCUGGCACAGAGUGGUGGUAUCAUGGACCCUAAAAUGGCGUAUGCAUGGCAGCACCUGAAAGCUGACUUCAUUCAGCCCAGGAUCAACCACAUUCACAAGGCUGUAAACCCACUCCUAGAAGCCAGCAGAGUGCAGCGGGAACAGUUUGGGGACAUCCCAAUGGCAGACAUGGUGGGCCCAGAGUCAGGGCUGGAGCUGCUCCACGGCCGUCUCCAGAGGGAUCCCCGUGGCAGCCGCUCUGAUCCUCAGAUGGAUCAUCUGAGGCGAGAGAGGGAGUACAAGCUGGGUAGACAGACCUCCAGCGAACAGGAGAUCCAGGCCAGGCUGAACGAGCUGCCGCUGAUUGUGCGUCAGGAGCGUUACCGGAGGCGCCUGGAGAGACAGUCGUCCAGUGAACAGGAGGGAAGCAGCAAGCAGAGGCUGCAGAGGCAGGACUCAAGCGACCUGGAGGGCUCUGUUAAGGAGGGCUCUGACAAACGCUCGGGGGACAAGAGAUCUACCAUGGCAGAGAUUGUAGAACAGGUCCAGGAGAGAGAAGCAGCACAGGCGCGAGGAGAGCCUUAUCGUCCUCCUAGCAGCCUCUCAGCACCUGUCACUCGUUUUGAUGGACGUCCUCGUGCCCGAGACCGCCCCAAACCGAGGAGGAGGCCCCGUCCAAAAGAGCCCGAGGAGACACGACGUUCUCGCUCAGCUCCAGCUACUGGUGCCCCAACGACACCUCAGCCACCUUCACACACUGCCCAUAAUGAAGGAUUCCUCUACCGCAAAACGGCCACCACCUCUGACCUUGAAGCUCAGCAGAGAAGCCCUAACAGCAAGUCCUGGGUGAACGUUUAUUGUGUGCUGAAAGAAGGAAAGCUGACCUUCUACAAGGAUGCUAGGAACCACAACACGACGUACAAUGAAGAGCCUCCCGUUGACCUUAGUAACUGCUCAUUUGAUCCUUCGAUGGGAUACAAGAAGAAGAAAAAUGUUUUCAUUCUUCAAAUAAAUGAUGGAAACAACUUUGCAUUCCAUGCAAAAGAUGAGGAGGACCUGAAAGCUUGGACUUCAAAUAUCACCACCUGUAUAGCUGAGCAUGAAGCCAUGGCCAAGUGGGACAAGCCAGGGACAUCGUCCAUGGACCCCGACGGUUCGGAGAGGAAGGAGAAGUCGGAGGGCGACGCAGAUGCCAGGUCAGAGAGGUCCGAGCUCGCCGAAGGGGAGGAGAGGUCUGAGAAGGAGAGGUCAGAGAAAGGGGAUGGCUCUGAGAAGUUAGACACGUCAGAAAUUGCAGACAAAUUGGAUGGCGGGGCAGGGGGCUCCAGCACAUCUGGAAAGAGCAAAUGAGGAGCCCCUUUAGCA